ACAAAAUUAAGAAAGCAGAACUGUGCUGAGAGACUGUGUUUUGCUUUGAACAGUAUCUGAUUUCUGGCACAAAAGGCCUUAAAAAAUGGAAGAUUUGAAAUAUAAUGAAGGGGAGCGCUUAGCUGCUGAUUACAUUGAAGGAAUUCUUCUGCCCACACCUACCUGUGACCUCUGGGAUCAGAUUUGGAACUUCCAAGCCAAGCCUGAUGAUUUGCUUGUUUCUACCUAUCCUAAAGCAGGAACAACCUGGACUCAAGAGAUAGUGGACUUAAUACAAAAUGAAGGUAAUGUUGACCACAGUCAACGAGCUCCUACUCAUGAACGAUUUCCUUUCAUCGAGUUGAUAAUCCCACCCUUAAUCAAUGGGUUGGAACAGGCUAAUAAUAUGCCCUCACCACGAACUCUGAAAACACAUCUUCCCAUCCAGUUGCUGCCACCAUCCUUCCUAGAGAAAAACUGUAAGAUAAUCUAUGUAGCUAGAAAUGCCAAGGACAAUAUGGUAUCUUAUUACCAUUUCCAGAGGAUGAAUAGAACACUUCCUCAUCCAGGAACUUGGGAAGAGUAUUUUGAGACUUUUAUGACUGGGAAAGUGUGCUGGGGAUCUUGGUAUGACCAUGUGAAAGGAUGGUGGAAAGCCAAAGACCAACACAACAUUCUCUACCUCUUCUAUGAGGAUAUGAAAAAGAAUCCAAAGCAUGAAAUCAAGAAGCUGGCAAAUUUUAUUGGAAAAGACUUGGAUGAUAAAACUCUAGAUAAAAUUGUCUAUCACACUGCCUUUGAUGUCAUGAAGAAGAAUCCAAUGGCAAACUACACAUCGAUGCCUACUGAAAUCAUGAACCAUUCUGUUUCUCCUUUUAUGAGAAAAGGGACAACUGGAGACUGGAAGAAUCACUUUACUGUGGCUCAGAAUGAGAUAUUUGAUGAGGAUUACAAAAAGAAAAUGGCUGACACGAAUCUAACUUUCCAAUUCUAACUCUAAUAAGAAGAAAACCUAAUGUUUUUUUUUUUUUGUUUUGGUUUUUGGGCCACA